UUCUAACAGGCUAUAUAAGAGGGGUAUAACCAAUACAAUUUCAUAUAUUUCGGGUUUGAAGAGACUUUAAAACUGGUUAGACUUCCCAUAAUUCGCUGUAUUGGAAUUCAAAAACUUGGAAAUCAAAGAUGAAGUCAGUUAAACAGAUUCAAUGUCAUCAAGUUUUCACCAUCUUGCUCAUUCUGUUCCAAAGUUUGACUGCUGUAAAUGGAGUUGGAUUCAGAUUUGACUCACAAGAGGCGCGAGACCACAACUGCAAAGCCGUUAUUGGGACCGAAAUGUCAGUGGAUUUAAACAACAUCGAACCAUAUCAUUUGGUUAAAGUUCACUGCAGCAACGUAGAACUUAGCUCAUCCUUCAAUUUCACGACUGUCAUUUGUUUACCGAUAUGUAGAGAUCCGAUCACAAACGAAAUUUUUUUGAAAGAAGACGGCAAUCGUGCUUAUUAUAUUGAAGAAAUAACUACGGUAAAGAAAUUUCUAAACAAUAUUCGAAUGCCUAUUACACUUGGAUGCCGAUGUGUUUUAAAAAGCACUGUUUAUUAA